CGGCCGGGUGACUGGCCUCAUAAAUCCCCCUUCCCAUAUUUAGCACCAUUUCAUUUAUUUCCACUUGAUUCUAUUGGUGUCCGCAGCAGACAGGAGCGACCCUUAUGCCCUCGCUGUGCUGUCUGCUGGCCGAAGGGAAUUUAGUUGUGGGGCAGUGGAGUUGCUCCUGCUGAUGCCUGGGUACCCCGCGUUCCUGGGGAUCCCCGAUCCCCAGAAGAGGGGGCUGAGAGACACAGGAAUGGGUUUGGCUUCCGAGGCUCUCCCAGAUCCUCUGGCCGCGGCAUGGCCGUGGGCUGGGCUGGGGAUCCCAUGAAUGGACGAUUCCAGUGCAGGGCGUGGAGGAAGGCUGGGGAGAGGGACCCAGACCCGAGUGUGGUGUUCCAGAGCCCUUUCCUGCCUUUCUCCUGGUCAUCCAUGGCCACAGCUUUUUAUGGAUCAAGAGUCCCCUCCCACCCCUGCCUGGGCUGCAGCUUUAUUGCUGAGAUCUCAGACUCUUGCCACGCAAUUUCACGCCUCUCUGCUUUUGCUCCUGCUGUUCCCUCAGCCAAAUGCCUUCCUCAUUGUCCCUGUUUUUCCACAACCUCCUCAUUCUUCAAGGCCCAACUCGGAUGCCACACUUCCUACGUGCAGCCUCCCCAAGCCCUCUUGUCACUUGCUUCUUCGUCCAUGGGUGCCUUGCCCUGCACCUGUGCCUCCCUUCAGCCUUUGUGGCUGGCUCUACAUAGGGCUUUGCCUCCCAGAGAACAGAGGUAGAGCAGAUACUUCCCUGCCCCCUGUCCCCUGCCCCCACUGGGCUUGGCACAGGGCUUGGCACCUUGUGGUAAGUUUGGUUAGUUGAAUAAAAGGGGUUUUGUAAGGGCCUUUAGCCAGGCAAUCUGCAAAGCUUACAAUUUGGCCACUCAGGCAAAUAGCUCUGUGCUCUUGAGUGGUAGAGACCCCUGGGUGGGUCUCCUCUCCCUCCUCCUCUUCCUCCUUCUCCCUGAUGACCCUCCCCACCCCCCAAGUCUGGGGAGGACUUUGCCCCUUCCCUUCCCCUCAGACCAGCAUUCUUUCCCUGCCAUUAUCAUCCUGUUAAACAGAGGGGCCAGUCAGGAUCCAUAUGGAUCACAUUAACAAUUGCUUAUUAUCUGGGCAAGACUCCCCCUACUCUCCACCCCUAGCUCCUACUGCUGCAGUUGCUGGACCUUGAGGAGUCCCCCUCCCCUCCCCCCACCAUCGGUCAGUCGGGGAGGGCAAGGGACAGGCUGGACUCCCUUACCCUCCCUGUGCCUUUUAGCAGAACUUUGCUUCUUCUUGACUUGGCAGUUAAUGACUCCUUUACCCGAUUUAAUGAAAACCAGGUUCCUCACAGGAGCACAGUUCAGGGAGGUUCCAGGGCUGCAGCAGGGAGAGGUGGACUUCAGAUCCUGGUGCACCUGUGGUCUGCAACACUGAGAGCCCCUGACGGCCAGUGGAUGGAGGCUGCGGGCUGGGGGACCCACACUAGACUGACUGUGGGGUGUCCUGGCAUCUUCUGGGAUCUUAGCCUUGGACUGGCUUCCUUCUGGGAGCUGGCAGGCUAGUGAGGAGUGAAAGAGAUCAGGACAGAAGAUCCUGCAAGGCUCUGUGGCAUUGGGUCCCCAGCCUGUCCAUGCAGUCUAAGAAGCAAGAAAUCUGCUCGGGCUUCCUGGAUGGCAGGAGUUGGCAAUGAAGGACAGGGAGAGGAAUUUAUGUUUAAAUGUGAAUAGGCCAAGAAUACUAGGGAUGGAAGGGGCCUUCAAGAUUACUCAGUCUUGGGGUCCAUAAUUUUUUGAUUUACAGAGCCCUUGGAGGAACUGGUGAAAGUCAUCCCUAGAAAUCUCCAUUUCCAUUCAUUGACACAAGGCUCUGCAUUCUGCUUUAGAAGCUCUGUCGAAGAUGCACUGGACACCUGAACACGCCCAGCCCCUCAACCAGUGGCCAGAGCAGCACUUGGACGUCUCCUCCACCACUCCGUCGCCGGCCCACAAGUUGGAGUUGCCCCCUGGGGGUCGCCAGCGCUGCCACUACGCUUGGGCACACGAUGACAUCUCUGCCCUCACUGCCUCCAACCUCCUCAAGCGCUACGCAGAAAAGUACUCGGGGGUCCUGGACUCGCCCUACGAGCGCCCCACCGUGGGCGGCUACGGCGACGCCACCUUCCUCAACGGAGCCAAAGGGGACCCUGAGCCCUGGCCUGGGCCAGAGCCACCCUAUCCCUUGGCCUCACUCCACGAGGGCCUCCCAGGAACCAAGUCGGGCAGUGGGGGCGGCUCCGGGGGUCUCGGAGGCUCCCCUGUUUUAGCCGGGAACCUGCCGGAACCCCUCUACGCCGGCAAUGCAUGCGGGGGCCCGUCGGCGGCGCCCGAGUAUGCGGCGGGCUACGGCGGGGGAUACCUGGCCCAAGGCUACUGCGCGCAGACGGGCGCCGCGCUGCCCCCGCCGCCCCCGGCCGCGCUGCUGCAGCCGCCGCCCCCGCCCGGGUACGGCCCCUCGGGGCCUCUGUACAACUACCCUGCGGGGGGCUACGCGGCGCAGCCCGGCUACGGCGCUCUCCCGCCGCCCCCGGCGCCGCCCCCGGCCCCCUACCUGACCUCGGGCCUGCCCGCGCCUACGCCCCUGCCCCUGCCCGCGCCCGCCCCGCCGCGGCCGGCGCCCACCUCCUACAGCUUCCAGACGGCCGCUCCGGGCGCGGAGGCCGGAGUGUCGCUGAAGCGCAAAGCCGCCGACGACGGGGCAGAGGGCCGCUACCGCAAGUACGUUUACGAGCCCGCAAAGGCCGCGGCCGACGGCGCCUCCUAUCCCGCCGCGGACAGCAGCGAGUGUCGGGGCAACGGGUUCCGGGCAAAGCCUCUGGGAGCCGCAGAGGAGGCGUCGGGCAAGUACGGUGGCGGCGUCCCCCUCAAGGUCCUGAGCUCCCCAGUCUACGGCCCGCAACUCGAGCCCUUUGAAAAGUUCCCGGAGAGGGCCCCGGUGCCAGCUUCUCGCGGGGGCUUCGCGGUGCCGUCGGGGGAGCCACCCAAAGGUGUGGACCCGGGGACCCUAGAGCUGGUGACCAGCAAGAUGGUGGACUGCGGGCCUCCGGUGCAGUGGGCAGAUGUGGCAGGCCAGGGCGCGCUCAAGGCGGCGCUGGAAGAGGAGCUGGUGUGGCCCCUGCUGAGGCCGCCCGCCUACCCCGUCAACCCGCGCUCGCCGAGGACAGUCCUGCUCUUCGGGCCCCGGGGCGCGGGCAAAGCGCUGCUGGGGCGCUGCCUCGCCACGCAGCUGGGCGCCACGCUGCUGCGCCUGCGCGGUGUGACCCUGGCUGCUCCCGGCGCCGCCGAGGGCGCGCGCCUCCUGCAGGCCGCCUUCGCGGCUGCGCGCUGCCGCCCGCCCGCAGUGCUCCUCAUCAGCGAGCUGGACGCGCUGCUCCCGGCCCGGGACGACGGCGCGGCUGCCGCGGGCGCGCUGCAGGUGCAGCUCCUGGCCUGCCUGGACGGCAGCUGCGGCGCGGGGGCCGACGGUGUGCUGGUCGUAGGCACCACGUCGCGGCCCUCGGCUCUGGACGAGGCGACCCGCCGGCGCUUCGCUCUCCGCUUCUACGUGGCGCUGCCCGACAGCCCGGCCCGUGGGCAGAUCCUGCAGCGGGCGCUGGCCCAGCAGGGCUGCGUGCUCAGCGAGCCGGAGCUCGCGGCCCUGGUGCAGGGCACCCAGGGCUUCUCCGGGGGCGAACUAGGGCAGCUGUGCCAGCAGGCAGCGGCCGGGGCGGGCCUCCCGGGGCUGCAGCGCCCCCCCUCUUACAAGGACUUAGAGGCGGCGCUAGCCAAAGUGGGCCCUAGAGCCUCCCCCAAGGAGCUGGACUCGUUCGUGGAGUGGGACAAGAUGUACGGCUCUGGACACUGAUGGCGCGCGGGGAGGCUGCGGGAGCCGCCGCUCCUCCCUCCCGGCCUCCUCCACUUAGGAGGGCGGUCAUUGACCUAACCCGGCUGGGAGGGUGCCUGCCCAAGUGGUAAAUUGGUGAAUGUGGGUGAGGGACGGGAGGGCUCUGCCGGUGGAUUUUUUUUUUUUUUUGUGGGAGGGAAAAGGCUUCUGCCAGGCAGAUACAUGCCAUAUGCACCGUGUACUCAGGUUUUUCCUAUUUAUUGUGGAUGGGAAGCUCGCCAUCUCUGCCCUGCAGACGGGGCAGUCCUGGCAUAGGCUGGCACCUGGAGCCUCAGGAACUCCUGCUCUCUUGCCACAAUUCUUUUGUCUCCACUAUCUGAAUGGCACCCUCCUCCUCCCCUCUCUCUCCACCCCUUUGCAUUCGCUUAGUUUUCUCUCCCUGUUGCUUUGUCACUGCCACUUACCCCCAUGCUGGCCCUGUUUCUUUUUUGCUC